CCCGCCCCCUCUUCGGCACGUGACCAGCCGAGUCUAUAAAAAGCCGAUCGCAACGCUGGCAAUUUUUUACUCAUUGCCCAGAUUCAGCGAACAUGGCGUCGUCGAGUCGGUGAGUGUCUCGCCGCAGCUGCUGUGCUGUAAUGUCGUCGAGUAGCGGCUGUCUCAAUAGCUGCCUACCUCUCUGCUGAAGGCGAUUGUAGGAGGAGGAGGCGGCCUAGUGCCUGGCUCUGUCUCCCCCAGUAACCCUCUCUGCCGGCUACGGAGGAGCUCCAUGGGGCUCUCACACGACUACCACACAGGCUGCACAGUGCCAGGACUGGGUGUAGGCCUCACUUCUUGUAAACAAUAUCGGACUCGGUGUAUUAUGCCCCAUGUGACACGGUCAUAUAUUGUACUAUCACUUCCUGUUAUCGCCCCAGCUCUCACCAUGUCCUGGCAGGUCACCAUUCCCCAGCAGCUCUCACCGUGUCCUGGCAGGUCACCAUUCCCCAGCAGCUCUCACCGUGUCCUGGCAGGUCACCAUUCCCCAGCAGCUCUCACCGUGUCCUGGCAGGCCACCAUUCCCCAGCAGCUCUCGCCGUGUCCUGGCAGGCCACCAUUCCCCAGCAGCUCUCACCUUGUCCUGGCAGGCCCCCAUUCCCCAGCAGCUCUCGCCGUGUCCUGGCAGGCCACCAUUCCCCAGCAGCUCUGACCGUGUCCUGGCAGGUCCCCAUUCCCCAGCAGCUCUCGCCGUGUCCUGGCAGGCCACCAUUCCCCAGCAGCUCUCGCCGUGUCCUGGCAGGUCCCCAUUCCCCAGCAGCUCUCGCCGUGUCCUGGCAGGCCACCAAUUCUGGCGGCUCGCUGGGUGUGCGGCGGUUAUUCCCCAGCAGCUCAUGCGUUGCGUGUCCUGGCAGGCACCAUUCCCCAGCGGCUCAGGUAUGCAAGCGGUACCGUUGGCAGCUCUCUUGGCGUGUCCUGGCAGGCCACCAUUCCCCAGCAGCUCUCGCCGUGUCCUGGCAGGCCACCAUUCCCCAGCAGCUCUCGCCGUGUCCUGGCAGGCCACCAUUCCCCAGCAGCUCUCGCCGUGUCCUGGCAGUUCACCAUUCCCCAGCAGCUCUGACCGUGUCCUGGCAGGUCACCAUUCCCCAGCAGCUCUGACCGUGUCCUGGCAUUCCCCAGCAGCUCUGACCGUGUCCUGGCAGGUCCCCAUUCCCCAGCAGCUCUCGCCGUGUCCUGGCAGGCCACCAUUCCCCAGCAGCUCUCGCCGUGUCCUGGCAGGUCCCCAUUCCCCAGCAGCUCUCGCCGUGUCCUGGCAGGCCACCAUUCCCCAGCAGCUCUCGCCGUGUCCUGGCAGGCCACCAUUCCCCAGCAGCUCUCGCCGUGUCCUGGCAGGUCCCCAUUCCCCAGCAGCUCUCGCCGUGUCCUGGCAGGUCCCCAUUCCCCAGCAGCUCUCGCCGUGUCCUGGCAGGUCCCCAUUCCCCAGCAGCUCUCGCCGUGUCCUGGCAGGUCCCCUUUCCCCAGCAGCUCUCGCCGUGUCCUGGCAGGUCACCUUUCCCCAGGAGCUCUCGCCGUGUCCUGGCAGGUCACCUUUCCCCAGGAGCUCUCGCCGUGUCCUGGCAGGUCACCUUUCCCCAGGAGCUCUCGCCGGGUCCUGGCAGGUCACCUUUCCCCAGGAGCUCUCGCCGGGUCCUGGGGGGGUCCCCGUGCCUCGUCGGGUCCUGGGGGGGUCCCUGGCUGCCUCGCCGUGUCCUGGCGGGUCACCGUGCCCUGGACUGUACUCCCAAUACCUAGUUUUCUGGGGGCUGUGUAAUCCACUAUGGCUGUGUUACUAUAAUACAUAGUGUCUCACUGCGAAUACACACAUACAGCACUAUUCCACAGACUCUUUCAAUAGGCUCAUUGUAAGUCCGUAAUGGAUCCACUGUGUCCCUCCAGCUGCUUAGCACCGUUCAUGUGAUUGCUCAGCUGUGGUCAUAUGGAAAAAUGUAGCUGUAGUUACUUGAGUUUUGUUCGAUUCAACAAGCAUUUAUAUUUCUUGUCAAUUCUCUACUUGUUUUAGUUCUGGCCCUUGUUGUACAAGCUUUUGAGUAAUGACAGGAUUUCCUUUGUGUACAUCUGUAAUAUUGUGUAUGGUAAACAAAGGAAUAAUGCAGCUGGAUGUAUAGGAUAAAAUCAGUGGAGGUGACACAAGUCACUAUGGAAUUUAUUGGCAACCAUUAGUCGUCAUCCAUUAUAUGGGAAGUUAUGGAAGCAAACCUCAUAGCUCUUCAUUGCUAUGCUUACUCUGGCACAUUCUCCUCUAUAAAAUAUAACUGCUUAUAGUCCCAACUCAUGUGUACUGUGAUACACAUAUAACCACUGACACAAAAAAAUAUUUUUUAUCUUCUAUGUUGUCUUGUGUCCUGUGGGGCUUCUUCAAUAAAGUUGGACACUGUUCAGUUGUCACAUUUUGACUUUUUCACCGUAACUAUUGUCACAAGGCAAAGUUGUUUAUUUCUUCAGAAUUUGCACUUCUGUUCAGCUCCUUUCUAACGAUUCAUCCUGUCUCUGUUGGUGUCCCCCAGGGCUCUGUACUUGGUACCCUUCCAUUUUCUCUUUAUACUGCCUCUCUUGGUAAACUUAUUACCUAAUUUCUAUUCCAAUGCCACCUGUACGUUGAUAACACUACCUCACUUCUUCCCUGCCGUCCUGCAACGUGUCACUGCUUGCCUUUCUUCCAUCUCUGACUGGAUGUCCUCCUGAUUUUUGAAACUCAAUCUCUCUAAAACCAAACUCCUUGUCUUUCCUCCUCCUAACACUGAUCCUUCUCUUUCGCUCUCACUUCAAGUUACUGGUACUCACAUCAGUCCAUCCUUGCAAGCACGCUGUCUUGGCAUUAUACUUUAUGCUGACCUCACAUUUGAGACUCUCAUCCAGUCUGUUACCAACUCCUGUAGAUUCCACCUUAAAAACAUAGCCUGCAUCAGCCCCUUUCUUAAGCAAGAUGCUACUAAGGAACUUGUCCAUGCUCUAGUAAUCGCUCGCAUGGAUUAUUGUAACGCUCUCCUAAUAGGUCUUCCCACAAGUCUUAUUGCCCCGCUACAGUCUGUAAUGAAGGCUGCCGCCAUACUGAUUUUCCUCUCCUGUUCCGCCUCACCUCUCCCUUCUGUCAGUUUUUACAUUGGCUUCCUGUAUCCUAUAGGAGUCAAUUCAAGGUACUAAUCCACAUCUAUAAUGCACUGACCAAUUCUAUCCCCUCCUAUAUCUCACUGUUCUGCAGGUAUGCCCCUUCUUGGUCUCUCUGCUCUGCCCAUGAUCUUUUCCUGUCCGCUGCUCGCACCCGUACGACCAACUCACGCUUGCAGGACUUCUCGCAGAUGGCUCCUUUCCUUUGGAAUAGCCUGCCUACGACCAAGCUCUCCCCUAGUCUUCAAUCCUUUAAAAAGUGCCUCAAAACUCAUCUUUUUAGGAAAGUUUAUGGCUUCCCAGAGUAACCUCUACCUCACAUACAUGUCCCUUGCUCUCUCCUAAAGGGCCACACUCUAUUAUCUACUUCUGCCCUGCUUCACUCUAACUUGUUUGAUUGCUAUCUCCUGUCCUGUUUUAUGCCCCACCACCUAUAGACUGUAAGCUUGUUUGAGCAGGGCCCUCUUCAACCUAUUGUUCCUGCAACUUUUUGUAAUUGUCUCAUUUAUUGUUAAAUCUCCCCCUUUGUUAAUAUUGUAAAGUGCUAUGGACUAUGCUUGCGCUAUAUAAAUACCAGUAAUAAUGUCCUUGUAGUAGUUUUUCUACUUUUAAAUAGUCUCCUCCUUUACAGUUUAUUCCCUCUUUAUAUUUAAAUGAUUCUAUCAUAUCCACCCUGUCUCGUCUUUCCUCCAAGCUAUACAUGUUAAGAUCCUUUAAAGGACCACUAUAGUCACCUAAAUUACUUUAGCUAAAUAAAGCAGUUUUAAUGUAUAGAUCAUUCCCCUGCAAUUUCACUGUCAUUUAGGAGUUAAAUCAUUUUGUUUCUGUUUAUUCAGCCCUAGUCACACUUCCACUGGCUAGGCUUGACAGAGCCUGCAUGGAAAAAAAAAAUGGUUUCACUUUCAAACAGAUGUAAUUUACCUUAAAUAAUUGUAUCUCAAUCUCUAAAUUGAACUUUAAUCACAUGCUAGACCCUGCAAGAGCCUCCUGUAAGUUAUUAACAUAGCAGGGGAUAGGAAAAUCUUAUAAUAAAGAGAGCCUAAAUAGGGCUCUCUUUACAGGAAGUGUUUAUGGAAGGCUGUGCAAGUCACAUGCAGGGAAGUGUGACUAGGGUUCAUAAACAAAGGGAUUUGACUCCUAAAUGCCAGAGGAUUGAGCAGUGAGGCUGCAGGGGCAUGUUCUAUACACCAAAACUGCUUCAUUGAGCUAAAGUUGUUCAGGUCACUAUAGUGUCCCUUUAACCUUUGCUUGUAAGUUUUAUCCUGCAAUCCAUGAACCAGUUUAGUAGCCCUACUCUGAACUCUCUCUAAAGUAUCAAUAUCCUUCUGGAGAUACGGUCUCCAGUACUGCGUACAAUGCUCCAAGUGAGGUCUCACCAGUGUUCUGUACAAUGGCAUGAGCACUUCCCUCUUUCUACUGCUAAUACCUGUCCCUAUACAAUGCUCACUAUACAAGCAUUCUGCUAGUAUUUCCUACUGUUUAUUACAUUGUCUGUCUACGUUUAAGUCAUCUGAAAUAAAUACUCCUAAAAAACUUUUCUCAGAUGUUGAGGUUAGGAGUGUAUCAAAUAUUCUGUACUCUGCCCUUGGGGUUUUAUGUCCAAGAUGCAUUAUCUUGCACUUAUCCACAUUAAAUGUCAGCUGACCAUUUUUCUAGUCUACAUAAAUCAUUUCCAUUUGGCUUAUCCCUCCUGCAACAUCAACCCUGUUACAUAUCUGUUACAGUAUCAGCAAAAAUACAUACUUUACCAUCUGUGGGAAGUUACUGUAUCUUUCUUAGAAAGGAUAUUAGUUGCCAUUUGCAUUACUAUACUCUGUAUUGCAAUGGUGUACCGCCUGGGAUUGCUCUCAGUGCGGCCCGGUUGCCGUCCGCACUCACGACUGAUUUUCUCAAUGUGCUGGGGCCGACAAUGGAGAUCAUUUGAUCUCCACUGCCGCCCCAAGGAGAACAUUCACGAACAUGCUUACUUGCUUUGAGGCCUCUCUGGUCAGGUGAGGAGAUCAAAGAUAUCCCUCACCUGCUCAGAGGCCCUUCGCUAGUGAGAGGUUGGACCUGGGAGGCAGUUCCUCCCUCGAGCAUGCUGGUCAGUAUUGCCACGGCAAUGCUCCGACACAGCAUUCUGCACGCGGGCUCUCCUGUCUGCAGGCUGUCUUCACUUCUCCCGCGAGCAUUCUGCCUCCCAGGUACUACCUCUCACUAACAAAGGGCACAAUCAUCACUACUCACCACCAGGGAUGGCAGUGUUCUCCCCCCUACCUUUGGAGGGGAGAACAUGAAGCAUUGGAAAAAAAAAAAAACCUCGUCCCUAUGACCCCUCACACACAGCACCCUGUGUGGGUGGGUCUGUGACUGUGUGUGGGGGGGGACGACGACGACUGUGAUCGUGUAUGUAUAUAUAGAGAUAUUCUAUCUAUAUCUCUCAAAAAUAGACUUGCUGGCACUCCUGGAUUUUCAGUGAAUACAUUUGUCACAAAUGGUCGAUGUUUCAGUUCCUAGUUGGAACGUUGGAAAGCUUUUGUGUCCUGAUGAAAGUUCCAACUAGGAACUGAAACGUCGACCAUUUAUGACAAUAAAUGUAUUCACUGAAAAUCCUGGCGUGCCGGCAAGUCUUCAAUUUUUGUAAUUUGUGUGGCUAGGCACCCGUUGUCCUUUGGCUAGAGAUAAGAGUGCAAAGGCUAGGAUUAUUGUAUGUAUGUCCCUUCAUUGGUAUCUUUAAAUAUGGAAAUCCCACGUAAGGAUAACAAUAAAGGAGUUAUCUGCUAAACAAAUUUAAGAAAAGGGUUUUUAAGGUUUUAUUAUAUAAAUUAUUUACGUUAUAGAUUUUGUGCGGCCCAGGUCGAUUUCCUCUGUGCUCAAUGUGGCCAAAGGAAGACAAAAGGUUGGACACCAAUGGUGUAUUGUUUUCACAAGCAGGGGGAGUGACACUUAUGCUAUAUUAUUGUGAGUUUGCUGGAUAGUCUCUUGGACUUUUUCCUUAAUUCCAUUAUUUUUAUGUAUAUCAACGUUUAUUUCCUAUGUGUACUGAUGAGGUUUACUAGCUACUGGAUAGUCCCAAUAUAAUUUUAUAGUGAUUUACCUAUACUUAUUUUAUACAAGCUUUUCUGAUCCAGUAUUAGAGCUGUUCUCAGUCUCCAUUUUUCUUAUUCCCGCUUGAGUCUAGAUAUUCUGUUCUUGAGAUCUCAGACCAUCUUACUUAUACCUUACCAUCAAGACAUUCUGCAGACCAGAGGAAUGUCAAACCUAUCUUAACACUAUACAGAUACACCUGACACAUAUGUUUAACAGAGUUAUUCACUAAAGUGAGAAUUUUUUAAUUUUUGCACAAAUCAUAGUGUAGCUGACUUGGGUAACUUCUCUAAUUUGGCUAUUUUAACCUUAAAUUGAAAUCUCACUUUAGUGAAUAACCCUAUAUUGUUAUAGGCAACCCCCUCCCCCUGUUAAAAUCUUUACCUGUUCUUUUUGUUAUCAAUCUGGCUUCACGUCCAGCUUCGAAAGUAAAAUGUUUAGACUAUAGACACCAUUUAGUCUUGCUACGCCAGGUCAAGUUCUCAUUAUUUUGCCUUGGCCUUGUUUGUAUACUUGCCAUGAAAUCAAGACUUACAUUUUUUGUUUGACUGCGGUUUAACCAGAAAGUAAACUGCAGUUACCGGUUUUAAUCUAUGAUAUUACUCCUGUCCAGAAAUGCCUGAACGUAUUGCUAUCUAAAAUCUAUGUAUACACCAAUUAUUGACACAAUUGGGAGAGCAUGUUGUUGCAGCUGCAGUAACACACGAAUGAGAGAUUAACCUGGAUUGAUCAAUUGGGAUAUGCAAUUUUAUUUUUGGUUUAUUGCAAGCAUAUACAUUUAACUUUAUUUACUUUGUUUUUAUUAUGGAUUAGAUUUUUAUAUAUUAUCUACCUUCGUUUAUAUUCAAUAAAAUAUUUUAAAGACAAGUUAUUGCUACCAAAUCCCUAUUUUUAUUGUAUUUUUCAAUUAUUUAUAAAAUAUUAAUAGAAAAACCCAACUAUAUAAAACUGUUGCUAAGAUACUCUUAAGCUCAGUCUUGCUAAAUUCUAGGCACUUACGAUGUUGAAGUAAUAGGGAACCACUUGCAAUUACAGUAUAUGUAUUUUUGUUUUGUAGAAAGGAAAGAAAAUUAAAUUUUGGGUGUCAUUUGGACCAUUUGAAAUGAAUUUCAGUCCUCUAGGAACGCUUUUCCUUGUGACUUUAUCCAGCCAUUUGCGAUAUUUGCUAUCUGCAUUUAACGUGGAGUUGCAGUUGGAGGGGCUUCCUCUGCCCUAAAUUAAUUGGUCAAAGACCAGUAAUAUGGAAUUUCACACUAGAAUUGAGAUGCUUAACUCUUGGUGAUAUGUCAUUCCAUCAUACCAAAGAAACUUGAGUGAUACUCAAGUCUACCAUAAUUUCAGACUCUACUGGGCUUUUUCACGGACUAUUGAAUUGUGACUUAUAAAAAAAACAAAAAACAAAAAAAAAAACACAAAACAAUAACUUGGACUAAAUUAAUCAAUAAAUUGCUAGCUGAAUAAUUUUGCAAAGUCAACUAUUGUGGCUUAAAUUUAGCAGUUUGCAUUCUCAAUUCACUUAUUGUAUUUACUGUUUAGUAAUUAACCCUGUUUUUGUUAUCAGAGUUAAAAGAUUUUGACCUAAAUUGUAAUAGUCCAUUAAACUAAGCUUCUAUUCGUUUGAAAAUAGUUGUGUAGACCAGGGUAAAAUAAAUUCAAGGUCCAAGAAUCUCCCAACAGUGGCCAUCAAUCUACUGCCACAUGCAAUUUGCUGGCCUCAAAGGCCAUAAAGAUAUUAGGACUUGGCCUCUAGUAGGGCAGGUUCGAUACUAAUGCAACACAGAUGGCCAUCUUAGGGAGAACCUGGAGAAGGAUGCAAAAACUGCCCACAGUUUGCAUGUUUCCUUUGGCACCUACCUCCCAACAUGGCCAGAUGUACUGGUAAGAGGGUGGCGACUGCAAAUUGUACUCGCUGUGCUCUUCUUGCGCAUUCCUUUUAGUGAUACUGGCAGCUGGGAUGUGAAGUCUCCCUGACAUCAAUAAAAGGUGUGGAUUGGAGCUGUGCAGAAAGAGCACAGUAAUCACAGCAGCCCCUCUGGACACCAGGGUGAAGAUCCAUUCCAGCCCGCACAGGUAGGAAGGUUGAGUAGACCUCUUAAAAUAAAAUAUCUUGUAUGUCUGAUUGUGAAUAUGUAUGUGCAUGCGAAUGUGUUUGAUUAUAUAGCUCCAUAAUUUAGUAUUGAAUGUAAAUCCAAGAUAAGGAUACAUGAUUGAGUUAUCUACUAAACUGUUGAAAGAUCAAAAUGUAUUGUGAUCUAUACAACUGUUUAAGAUUCUCAGGUGUGAAAUGGCUUUUAGUGGACUGCUAUAUUGAGUAGAUCCCAGUUUUGUAUAAUUACUUAUGGCAGUCUUUCGGUUCUGUGGCACGGUCUGCGCUGCCAAAGGCGCACCUUCGGCGUGGCUGAGGCCGCGUGUUGGGCCCGAAUACAUCAAGGCAGCCUCUCGGGUGAGUCCAUAUUUGCCAGUGGAGCCUUCAAGGGAAUGCAUAGGUGAUAUGACAGAUUGGCACAGAAGUUUGCAAAAAGGUGAUCAAUCAUUCAGAUAGUGAGGGUUGUGGUUCUCUGGGAGAGGUGUUACUAUUACUCAGGCUUGCAGCAACUGGUAAGGUGACGAGAAACUGCCACCAUAGUGUACAGGCUUAGGGUGUCAGGAUAUCCCUCACUGGUGAGGUGGUGGGGGGUUAGAGGGGAGAACUCAAGUUGAGCUUGUAGGAAUAAGCUGAGGGAAAUGCAUGCUGUCCAAUAAAAUGCAUGUCCUAGAGCAGGCAUAGGCAACCUUCGGCACUGCAGAUGUUUUGGAUUACACCUCCCAUGAUGCUUUGCCAUUAUGUGUGUAAGAGCAUUAUGGGGGAUGUAGUCCACAACAUCUGGAAUGCCGAAGGUUGCCUAUUCCUGUGACCUAGAGAAACAUUUAAUUCAGUGCUUUCCUAUAAGUAUUGCCUUUUGCUUUGAGUAAGCGUUCUUGUUGGGACAGUGACCUCAAUAUUGUUUUGAGUACAAAGCAAGUAAGAAAGAGAAUCAGUCUGACAGUGGGAGGGUGCCAUCUGGGAGCUUUGUGAAGGUGUUGAUAUUUUUUUGAAAUCAAUAGGUAUAUCAAGUAAGACGGGGGGCGCAGUCUAUUAACUCAUAAAACACUUUAGCAAGCUUUAGGGAAUAGGAGUUCACCUUUGUUUGCCUGGUGUCCUUGUCACUGUUGUACUGUGUGGUUUUCUAACUGGCUCUCUCCUCCAUGGUCUAUGGAAGAGAGAACUAAUCAAACAAUGAGUAGAUGCCCUUUCCCACAGCCAUAGUUGGUGACUUCUGCUGGGACUUCAUAUGUUGAUGGCAGAAGCUUUAUCCGCGGUUCUGUCUGUAAGGCAAAAUAGUCUUUACGGUCUUAGAAUGUAUAUUUGCAUUUGAAUUGCAAUAAAAUUCAAAUGAAGUAAAGGAGUAUUUAAUUUCAAGAUUUUAUCCUCUAUGAUGUACUCAGAAGUGACAGCUAAAAUAUCCACCCCCUCAGUACUGUGCAGUGGGUACAAGAUGUAAUAUUUCUGACAAAACAAGUUUGGCGAACGAGAGGUAAUUGGUUAUUGCAUGUGAGGGACCAGUUCAUUGUAAUGAGUAAGUUUUACAAUUUAAGCAGAGCUUCUCUUUUUGCUCUGCCCAUGUUGUACUACCAUUGAAUCAUACAACGUUGUCUCUUUAUGAUGCAUCAUCGACACUUGUUAGCCUACAUGACGCAACAAACUGUAUAUCUCACUUAAAGUGAAGUUGUGGUAUACAAACUGUGCUCUCUUCAUGCAUUCUAAAGAUAAUACAAACAUUAAAGGAUCACUAUAGUGUCAGGAAAACAAACACUUUUUCCUGACACUAUAUAAUCCUUAGGUCCCACUGGGCUGAAGGGGUUAAAACCGCUUCAGCCACUUACCUUUAUUAAAAACUCCCAAUAAAAACUCCCAAUAAAGCCUUUCUCAAUGCUUUCCUAUUGAUGGUUUGUGUGCUCAAUGAGACUUUCGCAUUGAGUGUCGAGGAAGCACCACUAGCGGCUGUCCGAAAGACAGCCACUAGAGGCUGGAUUAACCCUGCAUUGUAAACAUAGUUUCUCUGAAACUUUGUUUACAUCUGAAGGGUUAAAACCUGGGGGACCUGGCACCCAGACCACUUCAUUGAGCUGAAUUAUUCUGGGUGACUAUAGUGGUCCUUUAAACAAAAUUGUAUUGGAGUGCUCACAUCUAAUCUUUGGAAAGAAAUUGUGCACUUGUGUUGUAUGCACUACAUGGAAAACAUGGCUAAAAUAAAGUAUAGCCAGCCUGGCUUAUUGUCAGGACCUAGAAGUGGAGCUAAACCCUGGCAAGAUCUGUGAACUGAUGGUAUUUUUUAGCAAAAAUGGUGUACAGAUAUGGGCAGCAGCCUGAAGUUAUGGUGCUUAGGCUACUAGCUCUUUGACCUGAAUAGGUAUCCUUGUUAAAUCUACCCCAUGUUAGAAUCCUUAUAUAUUCCACAGGCUUCACAAAACUAUAAGGAAGUUUGUUUCCGGUGUGCACCAGUAGACAAAAAUGUGGUGUUUCUUAAAGGAUCACUAUAGUGCCCUGAGGGUGCCCCCACCCUCAGGGUCCCCCUCCCGCCCGGCUCUGGAAAGGGGAAAAGAGGUUAAACUUACCUUUUUCCAGCGCUGGGCGGGGAGCUCUCCUCCUCCGAUCCUCCGUUCCUCCUCCGGGCUGAAUGCGCACGCCGGGGCAAGAGCUGCGUGCGCAUUCAGCCAGUCACAUAGGAAAGCAUUCAUAAUGCUUUCCUAUGGACGCUGGCGUGCUCUCACUGGGAAAAUCACAGUGAGAAGCACGCAAGCGCCUCUAGUGGCUGUCAAUGAGCCAGCCACUAGAGGAUUAGGGGGAAGGCUUAACCCAUUCAUAAACAUAGCAGUUUCUCUGAAACUGCUAUGUUUAUGAAAAAAUGGGUUAACCCUAGCUGGACCUGGCACCCAGACCACUUCAUUAAGCUGAAGUGGUCUGGGUGCCUAGAGUGGUCCUUUAAUGAUGUCUGUCUAGGAUGCUGGGCCAGCAGCAGAGACCAGAAAGAAAACUAUAAUUAGGAAUACACACUUGUAUUUCUAACUCUAUAAUGUCCCUUCAAGAUUGCCCAGGGGCCCUAGGUAGGAUGCUAGUUAGAGAGGGGAGAAUGUGAAAGCAGUAGGUGAACGUCUUGAUAAAACUGGGUGCUUGAACUAGAAGGCUUGGCGAAUGAAAGGCUGGGAGUGGAUGGGUGGGGCUGGUGACCUAUAAGUAUUAGAUGGGAAGAAGUAGUUACAUUUGUAUUUGGGUACUUGGCAUUAUGUGACUGAGUGAGUAACUUUACUAAUCCAGCUUUGUAGAAAUCACUGCAGCUAUGAGCCCAAACCCUACCAGUACGUAUGCAUAUAAUAUGAUUCCAAAUUACAUUUAUAUGCUCCAUUUAGCUUUAAGCAUUUGUACUGCGGCAUCCCCGUGAGUGCAUGAACGACUUCAUGAAUGAAACUCCGGAAUGUUGACUAUCACAAUCUUUUUAUUGGCAUUAGUUAUUGGGCUGCUUAUUGCUCUUGUUGACGACAGUAGGUUUUGUCAUAGCUUACUGAAGAAGUUGCAAAAUUUGGAUAGUAUAAAUGGUGAAGAUUUUUUUUUGCUUUCUGUAAUCUGCAUAAUGCAGUACGAAGUGAGGAUAAAUUCCAGCAUGGAGUUUUACUGUUAAUGAAGGUAGGCACUUGAGUCAUACUAGUAUGGAAUGGGUGUGGACAUGAUCUUUAAAAUAGCAAUGUUUAAUUGCGCUCAUACAUACCAUACAAUCAUCACAGUAAAUCACACAAAUAAACUGCUAAAAUUACUACUUCCUUUUCACACUGAUCAUUAAAGUCUCUGUAUAUAGAUAUGUGUAUAAAUAUAUAUAAUUUUUAUGUUCGAUUUAGUUCUGAGUAAAAAAUCACUUGUAACACCCAUCCUACAAUCAUGCUAGCUGGGGGAGUGACAAAGGGUUACUCCAACCCUUUUAUACAUAUUUUUUCUUUCCUUUGUAGUGCCCUAUCAAGCACUAAUAGGUACCCUUAUUAAUUAGAAAAAAAAGGCUCAGGUGCAACUAGUGCUCAGCACAAUAGUACAACUAUCUCUCUUCAGUUUUUCAAUUAAAAACUGUGCACAUACAAACUCCCACGACCCUGGCCACUUCUAAAACCAGCACUGGUCAUGGUGGCAGGAGUAACCCUUUAUGUUAAAAUGAUACAUAUGCUUGCGUAAUGGAUAGGCGACCUUUUUUGGCUUUUUAAUUUGAGGUUAUGCUCCUAAAAAGAAUCUGAGUCACAUGAAAAUGUAAUAUUUAACUCUCUGAAUACCUCCUGAAAGUGAGAUGGUUUUCUAUGUAGGUUAGUCUGGCCCCUAAACUCUGCAAACUUUUGGUAACCCUUCUUUGGUCUUGGUUUUCUCUCUGCAGAGUGGAUGCUCUUCCAAAAGUUACCUGCCCAAAUCAUCCUGAUGCCCUCCUUGUAGAAGAUUAUAGAGCUGGUGAUAUGAUCUGUUCAGAAUGUGGCUUGGUAGUAGGUAAGUCUGGUGGUUUUAAAUGUUUUCUGUAAAUAGGUUGGUAAAUUCAGUCAAAAUCAGUCUACACUAUUAACACCCACUCCCCUUCAAGCACUUACUAUACAAGUUUAUAAAAUGAGGGCACUGAAUAAUCAGAUGCCAAAUCCACACACCACUCUUUGUGUACCAGAUAACAAUAAAUAUAAUACUUACACAUAUACAGGUGUAUAUUGAAGAUAUUCCAUGUGGUAAAUUCCUAUAACAAAAAAACAGUACAUAGUAUAGACUGUAUAUAUAGAUGGAAAAAUAAAAAUAAUUGAAUCCACUCACGGAUUACAGAGCCGUACCAGGCUCUGUAUAUAGUGCCCAAAGGUGCUUCAAUAGGCUAAACUGAGAAUCUCAGGUGAUGUCCCCCAGAAUCAGAAGAAGCAGCGAUGGUGAUAAAAGAUGAACAAAUUUAUUGUAGAUAAAAAAUAUAAACACAACUGUGUUGAUCUCAUAUAGUAAUACACAGUCACAAUAAUGCAGACGCAUUUCAACUCAGUCCGCGUUUUCUUCAGUGCAUAGGAAUUCAUCUAGCUGCUUUUUCUUUUAAAUUCGCCGCUUCUGUGGUUGCCGAUCACGUGGGCGGAAGUUCGGCUUGCCGGCGUCUGAUAUCACUUCCGGUUUUCCGGCGCUCAUUUCAUCAGCUUGAUUCACUUGAAGUUGUUUGCCCAAUUGAAGCAAAAGCUUCCAUAUUGUAAGUAGGCAUCUAUUAGGACUUCUUAAAUGCAUAUAUAUACAAAUUAAAUAAUAUAACACAAUUGUGUGUAUAAAUAUGAAUAAUACCUAUGGAGAUCUUACAAAGGGAGAAUAAGGAAAUAUUGUGCAAUGUCAUACAAAUACUUAUCACAUAUAUAACAUAUAGAUCCAGCCCAUAUGAAUAGGAUUGGUUGGUCCAAGAUCAGUAAAAGUAAAAAUAGUAAUAGAAGAAAUAAAAAUAGAGAUAAAAAUAAAUAUUAAAAUUAUAAGUAUAAAAAUAAAUAUAAAUAAAAUAAAUAAUAAUGAAAAUAAAAAUAUAAAUAAAUGAUAAUAAAAAUAAGACAGAAAAUAUCUAUAAAUAGAAGAUAUAUAUAUAUAUAUAUAUAUAUAUAUAUUAUAAACAUGUGUAAUGGCUAUAAAAAAUUAGCCAACUCAAAAUCUAAAUUUAGACCUUUGGGGGAUAGAGUAUUCAACGCAAAAAUCCACCUACUUUCAAAUUUACAAAGUUCUUUAAAGUUAUCUUCACCCCUCCAAUCCUUUUUCGUUUUGGCAAUAGCAAUAAAACUGACAUAAGAAGGAUCACUGUUAUGAUAUUGUGAAAAAUGUGCAGACACACUGUGUUUAGCAUAUCCUCUCUGUAUAUUACCCAAAUGCUCCAUCAUGCGGGUUUUUAAAGUCCUUGUGGUCAUUCCCACGUAUUGUAAUCCACAAGGGCACCAAAGGAGAUAUAUUACAUUGCUGGAGUGACAUGUGAGGAUAGAAUUGAUUUUAUAUUCGUUUUGUGAUGUAUUGGAAAUAAAUUUGGUGUAAGUAUCUUUUUAAAAUUUUGUCCUUUUACAGGCUGUGCACAUUUUACACGGAUUGAAACCAGAUUUCUAGUUAAAAACAUUGGUAUUAGUGACAUUAGUUUUUAUGAUUUUUGACUAAUAAGGUUUGAAGGUUUUUUGUACCUCCUAUAUACAAUUUUUGUCUUUUUACUGAUAUCAUUAAGACCUUCUUGAGUUCUCAAAAUAUGCCAAUAUUUGUUAAUAAUUGCUUUAAUGUGGCUAGCGUCGCCACUAUAGUCCAAAAUCAAAAGGGGUUCCUCUGUCCGUUUAGUUACUUGUUUAUCUUUAUAUUUUAACUAAAUCAAUUAACAAAUAUUGGCAUAUUUUGAGAACUGAUGAAGGUCUUAAUGAUAUCAUCAGUAAAAAGGUUGUUUUACCUUUUUUUUUCUCCUUCACUGUGACUGGCCCUGCCUCCAUGGCUGCGAUCAUAAACUUCAUUUCAGCCAAUCCCAUUCUUCCCCAAAGGAAAGCUUUGGGAGGCUACUGCGCAAGCAGUGUUUAAAUUGAAGAGUCUGCAGAGACUACAUUAACCACUACAUUAAGCUGUGGUGGAUUUAGGGACUAUAGUGUCACUUUAACCCCUUAAGGACACAUGACGUGUGACAUGUCAUUAUUCCUUUUUAUUCCAGAAGUUUGGUCCUUAUGGGGUUAAAGAAUGUUAUGCUUCAGUCAUCCUUUCAGUGUUAACAGCACCUUCUGCAGAAUAAUUUGUAGUGAGAUAAAGAAUAACUGUGGCCAUUACUAUGAAGCGUUGAAUUAUGGAAACCGGGGUCUGUGAAUUGCUGUAUAUACAGAUUUCCUAAAGCUACUUCAAAUUCAAACCUUAUUUGUUCAAGAAUAUAGACUGUAAAUCAUGGGAGUGGUAAUGCAGCAGCUGCAGGGCUUUCAUGGUCAUUGUACACAUAUUUUACUGCUUGUAAUUUCAGGUGAUCGAGUUAUUGAUGUUGGAUCAGAAUGGAGAACGUUUAGCAAUGACAAAGCCACAAAAGAUCCUUCUAGAGUUGGAGAUACUCAAAAUCCCCUGUUAAGUGGUGGAGAUUUAUCUACAAUGAUUGGCAAGGUACUCAUCCUCAUGAGAAGUUCGAUGUAAUGGACUGAAAUGUUAACACUGUAUUUUUUUAUAUAUAAUAUAUACACACACACUGCCGUAAUAAGCAGAUUUGAAGCAUUACAAGUCCUGUGAGUGUACUCAUGCUUUAGCAGUGCCCAUAAAGUAGAUCCCCAGAUGUUUUAAAACUACAGCUUCCAUGAUGACAAUCUAAAGCAUUCUAAAGGCAUGCAAAGCAUCAUGGGAGUUGUAAAUUUACAACAUCUGGGGAUCUACCAUUUGAUAACCCCUGCUUCAGGCUAUUUCUAAACUGUUUAUAUUUGAGCACUGGGGCAAUGAAGUUCGUGAGGAGAAGCAUCUCUAUCUCCCUCUCCCGAGUGUUACAAUGUAUAAGAUGCAAACUUUCAGUCACUAGCACAUGGAAUGAAUUCUGUACAAUGUACAUUUCAGUAGCUUUAUGGGAAAGCCUUUGCAUAUGUGCAGUAGUGCUAAGUGUUCUGCAUGGAAAUACCAAUUUAUUUUUGAUUAUCAGCAGGUCUUCCAGAUUGUUGCUAAAGGUUGUCAGUGUUUUAUCUAGGGAUCGACAGAUUAUCGGUCUGGCCGAUAUUCUGUAUUUUUGGCAAGGUUGGUAUCGGCCUAUAGAGAAACAGAUAAUGCAGACCUGGACCGCUAGGCCCAUGACAAGCCUGGCGGUCCUGGAGGGCCCACAUCAAGCUCUUACCUUCCCAGCAGCUCCCCGGUCUAAAUCUCGCAAGUCCCGCCGUUGUCAGGGUUACCAUGGCAACGAGGCACGCAGGCCGCAAGAUUUAGACAGGGUUGCUGAAGGGAACUGCUGGGAGGGUAAGAGCGAGCUUGCUGCGGGCCCCCACUGCAGUCCAUGCCACAGGACCACCAGGGAAUACCAUAUCCCCCCAUCUCUGGCCAAGUAAGAAGCAGGGAGCGUGGGACUAAAACUAAAUAAAAUUAAAUAUUAAAAUUAUGCCGCCCCCAUAUUUUUUUCACACACAUACACACACACACACACACACACUAUAUUCACUACACAUGCGCGCUCGCUGCGUUCACUCCACGUGCUCGCUGCGUUCACUCCACGUGCUCGCUGCGUUCACUCCACGUGCUCGCUGCGUUCACUCCACGUGCUCGCUGCGUUCACUCCACGUGCUCGCUGCGUUCACUCCACGUGCUCGCUGCGUUCACUCCACGUUCGUUGCGCUCGCUGUGCGUUUGCUAUAGUCACAGAGACCACUUCAGCUCAAUUAAGUGGUCUGGGUGCCAUGUCCCUCAGGUUUUAACCCUUCAGAUGCAAACAUAGCAGUUUCAGAGAAACUGCUUUGUUUACAUCUGGGGUUAAUGCAGCCCCUAGUGGCUGUCUUCCGGACAGCCACUAGAGGCGCAUCUGCGACGCUGGAUGCAAAUUUUGCGUCCAUAGGAAAGCAUUGAGAAAUGCUUUCCUAUGGACACUUUGCGCGCGUGGCACUUGCCGUGCAUGCGCAUUCCGCUCCACUUGGGAGCUGAUGGCGGGGGAGGAGAGGUCACCAGCGCUGAGGGAGCCUGGCGCUGGAUAAAGGAAAGUGGCUGAAGGGGUUUUGACCCUUGCUUUGUUCAGUUUCUUAAAAUAGGAUUAUAUCAUUUUGAACAGUGUAAACUGAUCUUUUCUUCCACUUUGCCAAGUAACCAAAUGCUAUGGCAGUUUACCAGGCAAUAGUUUCCAGCAUGCUGAUUUUAAAGAAUAUUAAACUGUUCCAUUUACUGUGCUCUGUAUAUUGUAUAUUUCUGAGUAUUUUUAUAUCUUAACCACAGGGUACUGGUUCAGCAAGUUUUGAUGAGUUUGGAAACUCAAAAUAUCAAAAUCGUAGGACAAUGAGCAGUUCAGACCGAGCAAUGAUGAAUGCAUUCAAAGAAAUCACAAAUAUGGCAGACCGAAUCAACCUUCCUCGUAAUAUAGUCGUAAGUAAGAGUCCUAAUGGAAUGAACUAUAAUUAACUGGCAUGUUUCUCAAUGUAAUAUAUCCUUUAUUUUUAUUUUUUUUUAUAUAUAAGGAUCGUACAAAUAAUUUAUUUAAGCAAGUAUAUGAACAAAAGAGCCUGAAGGGAAGAAGUAACGAUGCCAUAGCUUCUGCAUGCCUCUACAUUGCCUGUAGACAAGAAGGUGUACCCCGAACGUUUAAAGGUGAGCUAUCUAUGCCUUUUUUUUGGUCAGGCUAGAAAAAUGGUUUCAAAAUAACUGUAUUAAUAUUUAAUGGUACAUAAAAUAAAGAUGGCAAGAUUUGCUUAUGUUAUAUAAAGGGCUUAUUAAACCUUUUAAUCAAAGGAUUACAUUUCCUUAAUGUCAAAAUAGUUUAAUCUCUUAAAAAAAGUCACCUAUCAAACAUUUUUAAGUAACCAAGUAAAUUGGUUUUAAAUGUAAAAAACCAUACUGAAUAGAAAAGGCUGAGCCUUGCAUGCGAUGAUGAUUUUACCAAAGCAAAGCUUAACAUCUGACUAGAUCAGGGAUAGGCAACAUUUUAGUAGUACUGUGCCAAAACAAGAUCUUGAAGGCCCUUGGUGUGAAAGUCCUAUAUUUUUUUAAUUUUUUUUUUUUCUAAUCAAGCUUUUCAUGUUACCAGUUUCUACUUGUUGGGUGCUGCAGUUGCUUUGUACAGUUGUAUUUGUGAACAUGUGGGCUUGUUAUAUUGUAUAUGUUUUUGAGGAGUUAUUGGUAUUUAAUACAUAUGUAUGGGGGCUACUUGUGGAAGUGUGUAUGUGUAGGAUGUCACAUUGCGUGUUUGAAGGUGUGUGUGUCGGACUGCUUGUGGUAUUGCAUGUGAGAGGCUGCUUGUGUAGUUUUGUGUGUGGGGAGGCUUCUUUCGUAGCUCUGUGUAUAUCUAGCAGUAUGGGUUGCUUCCCUGGGGUCCAGUGGAGACCGGGCUGACCAGGUCCAGGUUAAAGGACCACUAUAGUGCCAGGAAAACAUACUCGUUUACCUGGCACUAUAGUGCCCUGAGGGUGCCCCCACCCUCAGGGACCCCCUCCCGCCCGGCUCUGGAAGGGGGAAAGGGGUUUAAACAUACCUUUUUCCAGCGCUGGGCGGAGAGCUCUCCUCCUUCGUUCCCCCCGUCGGCUGAAUGCGCACGCACGGCAAGAGCUGCGCGCGCAUUCAGCAGGUCACAUAGGAAAGCAUUCAUAAUGCCUUCCUAUGGACGCUGGCGUGCUCUCACUGUGAAAAUCACAGUAAGAAGCACGCAAGCGCCUCUAGCGGCUGUCAAUGAAACAGCCACUAGAGGAUUAGGGGGAAGGCUUAACCCAUUAAAAACAUAGCAGUUUCUCUAAAACUGCCAUGUUUAUUAAAAAAAAUGGGUUAACCCUAGCUGGACCUGGCACGCAGACAACUUCAUUAAGCUGAAUUGGUCUGGGUGCCUAGAGUGGUCCUUUAAAGGCAGGAGCUGCGAAACCCGCUGUGGGCUGCUCUACUCUAGUGUGGACUCCCAUUCACAAGUGCUGGGGAGGAAGUGAUCUUAACAAUAAAAGCACCCGCCAAAUAUCAUGUAGGUCCCCUGCAUGCUGCCAAAACAGCUCUAAUGUGCUGAGGCAUGGACUCCACAACACCUCUGAGCAUGUCCUGUGGUAUCUAAAACACAGCAGUAGAUCCUUUAAAGCAGCACUGUCACCUCAAACUUGCCUUCUAUUUUUUCCUCUUUUCUUCAAGAAACUUUUAUUUUCUUUAUUUCUAAUCUAUUUUUCUUUAAAACAUAAGACAAAGUAGGGAUUACUUUCUUAUGUAUUUUUCAUACGCUUGACUUUCUUUGACCCAAGGAGGAGCAUAAUUCCACUCCAUUUCCUGUGUCAAGGAGGAGUGUUGUGGGGAAACUUUCUUUGACACAGGAAAUGGAGUGCACUCCAUCGGGUCAAAUAAAGUCAAGCAUAGGAAAAAUAAAUAAGACAAAGUGGCCCCUACUGUGUCUUAUUUUAAAGAUAACUAGAUCAGAAAAAAAGAAAACAGAUUCUGAGAGGAAGAGAAGAGUAAACAAUUAGGGGAUGGGUUAGUUCAGUGUGAUAGUACCUCUAAGUCCUGCAAGUUGAGGUUGGGUCUCAGUGGAUCAGUUCUUUCUGCACAUUCCACAGAUGAUAAAUUGGUUUGAGAUCUGGCAAAUUUGUAGGCCUUGUUCCUCAACCCAUUCAUGAACAAUUUUUGUAGUGUGGCAGGGUGCAUUAUCCUGCAACAUCACUACUCACAUUAUGGAACACCAUUGCCAUGAAGCGGUAUAGGUGGUUUGAAACAACCUCCACAUUGGUGGUACUUUUCAAAGUAACAUUAAUAUGUAUGCCAGGACUCGAAGCUUACCAGUGCAUUACCCUCUCUGCUGGCCUUCUUCCCACAGUGCAUACUGCUGCCAUCUCUUUUCAAGGUAAAUCGCACGCGUGUGCGAAAUGUGAUUCAUCAGACCAAGCAGUGUUCUUCCAUGGUCCAGCUCUGAUACUGACAUACUUUGGCAGUGGACAGUAAUCAUAAUGGGCAUUCUGACCUGUCUGUGGCUACACAGCCCUGUACGCAUUAAACCGUGAUGCACUGUGUGCUCUGACACAUUUUCCACUAAGCCCAGCAUUUCGUUUUUCAGCAGCUUGAGCUACCUUAGUUCUUAUGCAUGAUCAGACCAGACGGUUUAGCCAUUGCUCCCCAUGUGCAUCAAUAAGCCUUCGAUACACAUGACCCUGACUCCAGUUCACAGGUUCUUUCCUUGCACCAUUUUUAAGUACUAACCACUGCAUAUUGGAAACACCCCAUACGAAUUUGGAGAUGCUCUGACCCAAAAAACUAGCAAUCUCUAUUUGUCCCUUGUCAAAAUCACUCAGAUUGUCUCUUGACCAUUUUUCUUGCUUCCAACACAUGGAAUUUAAGAAAUGACUGUUUACUUGUCCAAUAUAUCCCAACCCUUGUCUGAUGACAAAACUAAAUCAAUGGUAAUUCACCCGUGUGAUUCUAAUAUGGCUGAUCAGUUUGUGGGCCAUGUACAGUUCUUCAUGGACAUGCUACAGAGCACUUGUUUACUUUAAUACGGACAGUUUAUCAUAAUUCUGCAGGGUCUGUAUCUAUUACGAACAGUAAGUUUAAUCUAUCAUGAAGUGUAUGUUACUCAAUAUUUGCUAUAGCUCUGUACACUUUUUAUUUCCUCUAGAAAUUUGUGCAGUGUCCAGAAUUUCAAAGAAAGAAAUUGGAAGAUGCUUUAAGCUUAUCCUGAAAGCUCUGGAAACAAAUGUAGAUUUAAUUACAACUGGAGACUUCAUGUCGAGAUUCUGUUCCAACCUGGGUCUCACCAAGCAAGUACAAAUGGCAGCUACCUACAUUGCACGCAAAGCUGUGGAAUUAGACUUGGUUCCUGGAAGAAGUCCUAUUUCUGUGGCGGCUGCUGCUAUUUACAUGGCUUCACAAGCAUCUGCAGAGAAGAGAACACAAAAAGGUAAUUAAAACAAAUCCGUUAAAAUUGGCAUGGAUUUUAAAUAGUCAAUCUACAACUCGUGCUACUUUCUCACUGAAUAUCCUUAUAGCCAGUAAACUAUUGGAUUAAAACAAGACUUUCAACAGCGGCAUCACAUGCUUAGUCAAAAUAGUCAGCUUUUUCCCCCUGCCGAUUAUAGCAUGCCUAAUUAGCAUAAACAAAAAAUCAUUAUUGUGAAAGGCAUAUAGUUUGAAGUUAAAGUAAACAGAAGAAAUUAUUGCUGCUGGAUAUCGUGACUGAGUUGUACAGAAGCUCAAAAAACACCUUUUGUUCAUGAACUAGUCUAGUCAUUUUUUUGGAAACUUUUUCUAAUUUACGAGCUCCUGCAAAGGGAUGGGGUUAUUUAAAAUGAGGCUGUUUACUCGCUUAAGUAAAUGUAAAAGCUGUUCUGAAAAUAACAUUUGAAGUAUGUUUGUAAAAUUAUGUGAUAUGUCUUAGUCUCUAGAAUGUCCCUUAUACAUAAAGCUGUACUUUUUAAAUGGUUUUGGCAAGCCUUUGUUCUGACCUCUUUAUCACAUAGUUCUUCUCCCCCUCUACCUCAGCCCUGACAUUAACCAUACAAAGACUGAUCUGUUUGCUUCCUACAGAGUCUACAAAAAGCCCUAUUGAAUGCUUGGUACCUGUAUUUACGGUAUUAUGCUACGUACAGACUUUUACAGUAAGCUGUCAUUUUAGGAAACUACAUUCCAGUUCUUUUCAGAUACAUGCAAAAUAGAAUGUCACAGGGAUAAGGGAGAAAAUACAUUUAAUAUAUUUCACACUAUAUAGUAUCCUUUAUUUUGCAGUAUUUCAGACUUUUGGCAUCUUUUACAAAAAUGGUUUAAAGGUACUUGAAGUAUGGAAUGACUGGCUGACACGUAAAAUGCUCAUAUCAAUUAACCCACUACUAAAUGUGAUUCAUGGUGUUAAAAAACAAAAUAAAACAGGCCAUUAAAAAAACUUUCUAAAUGUUUUAUGAACACAUACAAAGUUAUUUACCAAUUGUUUUUUAUUUUUUAUUUUCUUUCAACAGAAAUUGGUGACAUUGCAGGAGUUGCUGAUGUUACAAUCCGGCAGUCUUAUAGAUUGAUCUAUCCGAGAGCUCCAGACUUGUUUCCAGCAGACUUCAAGUUUGACACACCUGUUGAUAAGCUGCCACAGCUUUGAGCUGUUACUGUUAGAGAAUACUUAACCUUGUGCAAACCGGUUUGUUUUAAGUGUGUACAAAGCCUCAAUAUAAGAUUGGAAAGAACUUCUUACAAGCUUGUGAUGAACCACAUUCCAAGACUGAUAUUUCAUAUGUAUAUAGGAUUGUGUUAAAUAUUUAAUAUCAGAAUUUUUUUUUCCUCCAGUUCAUUGUGUUAAAUACUUCCCAACCUAAAACACAGUGUAUUCCAAAAAGCAUUACUGUAACGGAGAACCAAUUUUUCUGCUCAACCAUUGUGGUUUUGCACUGUUGGUUCUUGAUUUAAAAAUGAUGGGUAAGUAGCCUGUGAAGUAACUAAGGCUGCGUGUAAUACAACCUAAUAUCUGAUUUGGACCUUUUUACUGUAUUGUACAAUGUUUACAGAGGAUUUGUAAUUUUGUGUACAUGUUUUUAUGUGUGAAGUACAGUUUCUAUUUAAUAUAUACUUUAAAGCCAAAUGGCCUACUGUGAGCCUUUUGUUUUUUGUUUUUCUUUAGCACAAGCUAAAUCCGUUUGGCAGUUGAAGUGUUUAAUCUAGCAGUAGCUUGCUUUAAAUUGCAAUCAACCUGUGAAAAGGGAUGUAAAUUUUUUGUAUGGUUUUGUAUACUACUUAUUGCAUUGAUUAAACAUUUUGCAAGGCUUUGUAGUAAACAUUAGCUGUUUGUGUAGUCUUUGGUAAAUUAUAAUAUUACCAACCAAGACUAGGCAUUUUAUGCCUAUUGACACACAGGUGGUUUUCUUUGGUCCGGAUUAUAAGAAUGCAUGCUGAUAUUUGGUUGUACCAGCUAGAGUUCAAAACAAAGAUGGCAGCACCAAGCAGUGAGAGGUUCAGCUUAGAAUGUCUGCCGUCAGCCUUUUAAGUGGUCACGUCAUGGUCUUUUCAAUAGUCAGCGCUGCUACGGGGGACACUAU